AUGCGGAAGGGAGACACCCUGGAGGUAGCACCACCCACCUCAGCCUACCGCUCUGUCAUGGAGGAGUAUGGUUACGAGGUGGGCAAGGUCAUUGGCAAUGGCUCCUAUGGGACGGUUUAUGAGGCUUACUACACAAAGCAGAAGAUCAUGGUGGCUGUCAAGAUCAUCUCAAAGAAGAAGGCCUCUGAGGACUACCUUAACAAGUUCCUGCCCCGUGAGAUACAGGUAAUGAAGGUCCUGCGGCACAAGUACCUCAUCAACUUCUAUCAGGCCAUCGAAACCACAUCCCGAGUAUACAUCAUUCUGGAGCUGGCUCAGGGUGGUGACGUCCUUGAAUGGAUCCAGCACUAUGGGGCUUGCUCUGAGCCCCAUGCUGGCAAGUGGUUCUCCCAGAUGACCCUGGGCAUCGCCUACCUGCACAGCAAGGGCAUCGUGCACCGCCUGACCCCCAGCCUUUCUGCUGCUGGUAGGGACUUAAAGUUGGAGAACCUGUUGCUGGACAAGUGGGAGAACGUGAAGAUAUCGGACUUUGGCUUCGCCAAGAUGGUGCCUUCUAACCAGACUGUGCAUGGUAGCUCUUCUUACCGCCAUAUGAACUGCUUUACCCACCUCAGCCGGACCUACUGUGGCAGCUUUGCUUAUGCCUGCCCGGAGAUCUUGCUGGGCUUGCCCUACAACCCUUUCCUGUCUGACACCUGGAGCAUGGGCGUCAUCCUCUACACUCUAGUGGUGGCCCGGCUGCCCUUUGAUGACACCAAUCUCUUAAAGCUGCUGAAAGAGACUCAAAAGGAGGUCACUUUUCCACCUAACUACUCCAUCUCCCAGGAGUGCAAGGUCCAACUGCUCAUUGCCUGUGUGGCACAAUGGGAGGCAAGCUCAGCCAAGACCUCUCUCUCCCCUGCCCUAGAACCUGGUCUUCCAGACGCUGUGCCAAGCCACCAAGCGUGCCACCAUCCUGGACAUCAUCAAGGAUCCUUGGGUGCUCAAGUUCCAGCCUGAGCAACCCACCCAUGAGAUCAGGCUGCUUGAGGCCAUGUGCCAACCCCCCAGCACCACUAAUCGGCACCAGUCCUUGGAAAUCAAUACCUAAAAGUGGUUAAGGGAGGGAGCUGAGAGAGGAGCAAAGCAGGAGGGUCUGGGGCUAACGAUCUUUUCUACCAAAAAUAAAUCUAUACCUGAUUUAGUUUCA